AUGGAAGGUCAAAGUGAAGAGAUUCAGAAGAAGAAGGCCAGGUGAGUAAUCAGAAAACUUUGAUCUAUGUCUGCCGAAAAGUAAAUAGACUUACUCGUGAACUUUGUGUGUCUACGAUGUUUUUGAACAUUUGAGUUAUCCGAAGCUUCUCAUGGCUUCCUGUCUCAUUUCUAGUUGUACUAAUGUACCAUUGUUAGUGAGAGUUCUGACUGACGAAUAGAAUAGGCAGCUUCGCAAUACGAAACAUUAAUAUUGUAUUUACACUACCACAUUUCUUACAAAACAAAAGUUGUUGCAGAACGAAGACAGGAUGUGAUGUGGGCUGUCAGACGGAUCAUCAGCAACCUAGUAACAGUAGUUCCUCGCAAAAUCAACAGAAUGGUACCUCCGCCGCAGCCUCAGCCAAUAGUUCCACGACGACGUCUUCACAACCGAGCGGCACAACGCCUGCUUCUGCGGCCACUAUGGCCGCGGCAACGGCGACGGCAGCGGUGAACGGAGCGUUGAAACAAUUGGACAAGGCCACAGGUGAAGCGAUAACUAACAAUACGUCUGGAUCUACGUCGUCUUCUUCGACUCCUGGAAGUGCUACACCUGCGGAAGUCUCCACUGCUCCACUCUCGCCUGCCUCGUCGGUCAACACGGCCACUCAAGCGGUAAGCGUCAAUCACCUCCUUCUCCUCUCGAUCGAUGUUCUCACUGCGCACACACACACGCACACACACAUCAUUUGUUGUUCUUUCUUGUGGUUUUUGGAGAUUAGGCACAGUACUUCUUCUCGGUUAAAAGAUGUGUUAACUUUAGAGUUGACAGCGUCUUCAACCUCUCUAUCUUUCUAUCUAUUCGCACCGAAAAGACGGAAUGCGCAAUUCGUUGUUGUUGCAGUUCUCCAACAACCACAAGAACGGCAUUAAUGUGGCGGGUGUGAGGCCUCAGGACAUUGACCAGUACUUUCAAGAAUCCCUGAAACCACAGGUACAAUCGGCUACGAAUCCAAUCGCUGCUGCGCCUGCUGUUCCACCCGGUCAAACGUUGUCGGCUCAAUCGAAAGCGCGGUGUGCAUCCACUAAUGGAGUCGUCGGAGAAGCCAAGAAGCAAGUGCGCAACUCGCAACCAGCACCGCCGACCGCCACCGCAGCCUCCUCCUCUUCCGCGUCGACGAAUGGAACCGCGAAGGGCGACGGGCCGUCGUGGUCGGAUGAGAAUUGCAAACUGCGAUUGGUGAUCAGCCGUUUCUCGCAUCUCGAGGAGACGAUGUGCUCACCGCCGAAAUCUAUCGAAGGAGUGUCGUGGAAGAUCAUGGUGAUGCCGAAGCAGCAUAUGGUGCAGAAGAAGCAGCAGAAGUGCAUGGGAUUCUUCCUGCAGUGCGCUCCGGAACGGGCUUACUCUGAUCAGUGGAGCGUUCACGCGAUUGCCGACAUGCGGAUGAUAUCCUACAAGCCGAAUGUGCCCCACUUUGCCCGACGAACGACUCAUACGUAUACUUCGAAGGAAAACGACUGGGGAUACUCGUGCUUCAUGACAUGGGCCGAUAUUAUUGACGAGGCUCAGGGCUACAUACGUGACGACACGGUCGUGUUGGAGAUUGCUGUGAAGGCGGAUCCGCCGAAGAAUAUGAUGACCCACGAGGAUUUCUUGGAUAAAAUCGAGAAAUGGAUUGUGCUCGCCGACAUGCAGAUGAAGAAGAACAACAUUGAUCUGGCUCUCGAGGCCAAUCAAAGUGCCAUGAAGUUCUGCAAAGGAAAGGAUGAUGUGUGCUAUCAACGUCUCGAAACUCAACGGGAAACAUUCGUGAAUGCGAAACUCUUCGAAAGUAUCGAGCGUAUAGAAAAGGGACCUGUCGUCUGCACAGACACGACACACGGGAAACCGACGUCAUUGCGACAAGCGUUGACUGGAGCCCAGAAGUCGUUGAACGGAAAGAUGACGGCGAAAGGAGGCAAGAAGACGCGCGCGGUGGUGACUGUUCAGCACAUGAAGAAGAAGAAGCCAUAUGAUCAGUAAGUUCAAAGUAGAAUUGAACUGACUGAUUCUAUCACCUGUAUUGUCAUCCUUUCAGAAACAACACAAAUGCGCAGCGAACCAACUCGGGACCAACUGUGAAAGGUGAGAAAUGGCAAAAGCUUGCAGACAAAAACCUUUCGAUUGUAGAUCUUGUUGAAAAAAAGAAAAACGGAAAGUCGGAUGAACAACUCAAAAAGGAGUUGGUUAAAUCUGUGGAGGAUGUGGAGAUUGACGAGCAGACCGAUUCGUCGGACGAGUCUCAGUCUCAGGAGGAGAAGGUGUCUGUCGGAAGCGGGGAAGAGGAGUUCGACGUAGACGACGAGUACAACGAGGGAGAUUACGCCGAUCAGGCUGACGAGAUGAACGACGAACUCGGCCCUUCGAAUAGUGGACCGUUGAACGACGAGGACGACGAAGAUGAUUCGUGCUCGGAUGAGGACGAGGCGGCUAUUCGUCGCGAAGAGAGACGCAAGGCCACCGAAGUAAUGCUAGCGCUUCGUCACUUUGGAACUGAGCCAGUUCCGGUUAUUUAAUCCUUCCCAUCGUUUCUCUUUUUAACUUUUGUCUUCUUUUCAGUUCUAUCAAGGAAGCUGUGGAGAAUUGGGUUGCGUUGAUCGGUAUGUUCAGACUGAUGACACUGAGAAUGGACAUCCACAAAUGGGCGAUGCCGAAUCCCUCAUUAUUGGUCAACUUCCGCAGAUGGUCUAUGAGGAUGUACGUUUGUUUCGCGAACUCUAUUUCUUCUAUAUUUCUCAUUUUCAGCGUCUUCUCGCCAAUACCGUGCUCCGAACCUUUAUUGGAGAGGAUGAGAGCAAUGCUAGCGUCGGUUUGAAAACCUUCUACUCUAAGAUGGGCAUCCAAGCGGCACCGGAAGAUCCGAUCGAAAAAGUGUUCGGAGUGGAGGGCAUCGAACAGGAGACUAGCUUCACGAAGGGCAUCCUGGACAAUCUUCCACCAGUCAUGCGUGUCGGCAAGGACGGAGCUGCCAUAUGCUCGUUGUCGAUGGCUGAGAAGAUGAUCCGGAGUUGGUUGGACGUGGAGGGAGCCCUUUUGGGAAGCAUAGAUCCGGACGGUGUUAUCGCCAAACUCAGCGAAGAUGAUCGUAAGGAGCUUGUCGAUGAGCUUAGCUUCAAGAUCAAUCCACUGAUUGUCACCUUGGACCUCGAGUUCCGAGAGACCGUCCACGAUGCUCGUUCUUUCUUGAUGUCCACCCGCAACACCCUCGAGGAAUCGCAGAAGGUAACUCUCGAAUGCGAGGAUAUGAAGAAGACGUUCGAGGAAAAGAUGAACAACGGAACUUUGAAGGACGCGAGCUACGCCAAGCGUACUGGCGCGGCAGUCUACGACGGAAAAACAAAGACGGCCACGAGUGCUGCGGCCACUUCGAACUCGAACGCCAACGCUGGAGGGACGAACCGAAGACCGACUGUGAUUGCGAAGCGUUCUAUGAAACCGGUCAUAUUGGACGGAGAGGGAGACGAGAACAGAGGAAAAGUUGCCGACUUCAUCCGCUGCGUCGACAGUAUUCCGAUCCAACCGAUUCAGGACGACGGACACAACAUGCGAGAUGUGCACAUCGCCUUCCGUCGGCUCAACCAGACCAUGACACCGAUGAUUCACUCGAUAACUACCAACAACCGCAAACUGCAGAAAAUGUUCGCCGACAUGGUCGGAGCGGAUGGAAUGAUCGGCAAGUACAUCAAAGAUCUGAUAGAAGCUCACACGCAAUCCAAGAGCAACUACGGGAAGGAAAUCUCUACGCUCAAGGAAAGUUUGUCGGCCGCCACUACCGAAAAGAACGACCUCUUGCUGCGAGUUGCGGAACAGGCAAAGGCGAUCACUGCGGAGACUGACAAAAAUACGAAGCUACAGAAGGACUUGACGAAUGUGAAGAGUCAGCUGAAGAAGGCGGAGAGCAAGGCGACCAAGGAGGAGAACCGCGCAACUGCUCUUCAGGUUCAGCUCAAUGAUCUCGACGAGAAGACGAAGGCUCUUCGCAAAGAGCUGGAGACUCUCAAGAAGAAGUCGGCUGAUGAGCGCGCCAAGUCGAAGAAGGAGAAGGAGCGUGACACUCAAACGAUGCGUCAGCAGUCCAUCGAGAUCAGCGAGCGCGAGAACGAGAGAGACAAGGCCAGAAAGGAGGUCGAAGAGUUGAACCGCGGAAAGGAUAAGCUGGAGAAGGAGAAGAAGGCGGUAGCCACUCAACUGGCCGCAAUGACCGAAAGAGCUCGUGCUGCCGAGGCGGCUGUCAUGGAAUCCAGGUGGAAUUCGGCUUCUCAAGAGCUCCAGAAGCGUAAGGACGCCGUCCAGAAUGGAUACACAGAGACCGAGGGGCUCGCCAACCGGUUUGUCAUUAUUCUUGUCUGCCCGUCACUCAUUUUUCUUCCUUUUUCAGCGUUCGUCAAGUCGCCGAUCGUGACAUCAUGCGAAAGUCGCUUGGCGAGUGGAAGGCCGCCUUAGACAAGUGUGACGCCCAAACAAAGUCCGUCAAGGCCGAUUUCGAUCACGCGGCAGAGCAGAUCAAGAACGGAGUCAAGACUCUCGUUCAGAUCCUCGAGAUCAAGAUCCCAGCCGCCGAUCCGCUGCCGAAGCUCGUGAAGCCACCACCAGUACAAGUUGUCGCCCCGUCCGCUUCUGUGAUCCCGCCACCGAUCAUUCCGCCGACGCCAGCUGCCGGAGUCAUCGGCCAACAGCGUACUCCGAUCGGCCGUCAAGUGUCGACCAAUGAAGCCCCAUCGGCUUGUUCGACUCCGUCUCGUCAGCAGCGUGUUACUCGUGUUCCAUCGCCAGUUUCGGUCAAGUCCGCGAGUGAUGCUCCGUCGUCGCUCUGGUCGUGGAACACCAUCGGAACGAUCGGAGAGCUUCGUCCGGCCAGCGUCAAUGAGUCGUACAACUCGUCGAUGGAUUCUCUGCAAAGAGACAUUUGGGCGGCGAACGGAAACGGAAACGGCAGUCUCGGCAGUGACUAUCUGAGGGUACGGUUGAACAGAGGACUCAAAGAUUCUAUCAAUUGUUCAAAGCCUUUUCAGAAUCAGCAAGCUUCAAUCGGGGCGAUGACCAACUCUACCGGAUCUCCAGCUUCUCCGUACAACCGUCAACCCGGAAACAAUCAGCAAAUGCAGCAGGGAUACGCCAAUCAGCAAAACCAGCAGCAGCAAAUGCAGAACAAUCAACGUAUGCAGCAGCAACGUGGAUAUGGCGAUUUGUGGACCGGCGCCGCCAACAUGCAGCAGAACGGACAGCAAGACUACGGAAAUGCCCGCAUGAUGUCCCACAAUGGAAGUGGCGACUUGUCGAACGGUCAAGGUAAGGGAUCGAUGGGGGCAGAAGGCUAACCAAGCAAUCAGUUCCUCCUCCAGGUUACGCUCCGUGGCACCAACCGCAACAGCAACAGCCUCCGAUCGGGCAGCAAAUGCGUGGCGGAGCUCCUCAGCAGCAGCAGGCCGGCGGACACCACAACAUGUUCCAGUCGCACUCGUUCUUCGACUAA